AUGGCACCGUCCGUGAGCUUCACGAAAGCCACCCUGUCGUACCCGGUGUACUCCGCCGACUUCGACCCCUACAAUCGCGGAUACUUGGUCGUCGGCGGAGGCGGCGGCGAAGGUCGCAGCGGCGUCCCGAACCAGAUCACCCUCCUCGAUGUGUCGUCGCGGUCCGCGAUCGAGGUGGCCGGCGAGAUCGACCUGCCGCGCGACGAGGAUGCCGUCAUGUCUCUGGCCAACCUGGCCUCCAAGGACGGCCUUAUUACUUUUGCCGGCAUAAACUCUUCCGAGAAUGAGCGCCUGGCAGACAGGAACAAACACCUGAGGUCCUUCCAGAUUGAAUACCCGCAGAAGAAAAAGGCGGCGCAAGAAGGAGCAGAGGCGAAGAAAGGUCGCGUUGGCUUCUUGGGCAAGACUUCCCUGUUCAGGACUCCUACUACAACUGCCGCGAAAAAGGAUACCUACCAGCGUCUUCUGAGACUAUCUCCGGCCCAAAUAAGGGAGUCGGGGAGCAAGCGCAUCGGCGCGAUAGCCACGGAUUUCAAUCCUGUGUCGGAGCUGGUCAUCUUCGAUGCUACAACGGCGGUGCCGUCAGACUGGGAUGUGAUACAGAGGAUAAAUCCGAAGGAAGGAAAGGAUAUCAACGAUGUGGACAUCAACGAAUCAUCCGAGGGCAACUUCUCCGUCGCAUUUUGCACCGACCAUGAGGUUUUUGUCUCCCGCAUGACAUACGAUUUUGAGAAGAAGAAGGCCACCUCAAUCACUCCUGCCGACAGUCUCAUACCCGCGUAUUCAUUGCCUUUUCCUGACGUUUUCAAAUCCGGCUCGUCUCGACCAACCAUCAAGUAUAUCCGUUAUCUCACACCGCACCAUAUCCUGCUUUGCUGCAAUCAUGCCCAGCGCAAAGGCGCUGAGCUCCUCAUUCUCCGCAAGCUUCCAGACGCCCCGGGUGAGGUCGUUCUGCAAAAGAGGCUCCCUAGCCGCAUAAAGGCCGCCGGCGGCAUGGACGUUUGUGCUCUGAACACAGAUCCGGCGACUGGUGCACAGCAAAUCGUGGUCGCCGUGGCCGGUCACGACAUCUCCAUCGAGCUCUACACCCUCGAAUAUUCAGGCAAUAAGACCGACACUCUCAGCCGAUUCAACAGCUACACUACGCUCCGCGACGUCCACCCCCUCCAGAUGACCAAGCUCGCCUUCUGCCCCUACCACUCGCCCUGGCAGCAGCCGUCCUCGCCGGACAAGCCGCCCAAGAGCCCCGGCCCGCAGUACCUCCGCCUGGCGUCGACGUCGCUCGGCAACACGGUCGUCGUCGACACGUUCACGCUGACGCCGGUGCAGCCCAAGAAGGCGGGCAGCCGGUACGUGCUCAAGGGCGGGCCCAGCGUGCUGCUGGACCGCAGCCUCCCCGUGCUCGUCAUCGGCUUCUCGCUGCUCGUCACGUUGAUCUGCCUGCAGCAGUACCUCAACUUCACGGCCGCCCGCGCCGGCCAGGAGCCCCUCGUGCUCAUCCGCCUGCCCGACGCCGUGCAGGAGUACCUGGCCGGCAUCCGCGGCGGCCAGGACCUGCUGCCCCCGGGAGCCCGCCAGUUCUUCCAACAACCCAGCGCGAGCGUAAGCAGCGCCGCCACCAAGGCCUCCGUCGUCGUCGAGAACUCGUUCAAGGACGCCGCCGACGCCGCCGACCAGAUCGUGCGCAAGGCCUCGACGCUGCACCUGCGCUCGCUGCUCGAAGCGUACGCUCCGAACUACUUGAAGUCGUCUUCUGACGAAGAAGACUACGACUACGACGACGAAAACACCAAGGCCAUCCUCGUCCGCGCCGGCCCGACCGAAGACGAGCCCGAGGCCGGCGAAAGCCUGAGCACAGAGGUGCACGGCAACCGCGCCGCCGCGCGCCGGGCCGACGCGCACGCGCGCAGCUGGACGGAACUGAGCGAGGCGCAGCGCGCGGCGUGGCGGCAGCGGCUGGUGCGCGCCGGCGCGUGGGCCGUCGACGAGGGCGAGCAGGUGCUCAAGGGGGUGCUGUUUAGCGAGUAUGCGGGGUUUGUGGGCAGGGUGACGGCGGAGGCGUUGAAUGGGGGGCAGUGA